ACAAGUUAAAGCUUUGCAAAUUUCGAUUGAACUUAUUUAUAAUCCUUUGUCUACGUAUAUCAGUAAAUAAUUCAUCUACGUACAUGUAUCUAUGUAUUUAGUUAUACAUGCGUUAGAAAAUGAAUGGCAUUGACACCGAAUCAACGAGUAUGAAUAUGCAUCCAUAAUUCUUUAUAAAAUCUCAUUACUUAAAAACGUUACAUGAUUUUUGUGGAAGGACGAACAUUUCAUUUCCAUAAAAUAUUUCUUCUGAAUGAAUAUUUUCAUCUUUUAUUUUAAAGUUCGGAUAUCAUUAAUUUUAUAUUUCUUAGAAUCGAUCGUUUAAACGCUAUAAGACGUUGAAUGGAUGACCGAUUUUUUUCGCAUUGCACUGUAAUUACAAUGACCUAGCUAGCUGAAAUAAUUGUAUCUUGAAUCCUUGAUGAAUCUCGAAGGACGCAAAUAAUGGAACUCAUUCAGUUUUGAAAUGACAUCACUUCAACGAACGAAUAAUCGAGAUCUGGACGAUAUAAGAUGAAACAGAUUGACAGAUAACUUCCUGCAUUUGCUAAUGAAAUGGCGAUGAGAAGCAUUUUUCAGAUAAAUAUUUGUAAAAAAGAUCUAUCGAUAGAGAAAUAUUUUUUGUGCAAGAGCUCAGUAAUCCGUUAUCCAUUGUCCCUUCUCCCAUCGCGUGAUUAUGUCCUCCCACUAUUUCUACGGAAACGCUCACUUUUCUAUAAAACCAUGCAGGAUCGUAAUUUCACUAUCACUUUUUGUUUUGUUGUUUUCAUCUUAGAAGCUCACACGUGGUCAUAGUGUUUUACGCAUUUUCUUAUAGAAUGAAAAAUCGCAGAGUAGUUUCGAAUGUUUCAAUCUAAAUUUAAAAUAUCAGAUAUGUUUAUAAAGUUUAACACUUCCUCGUUUAUUAUGAGAAAUAAUCGCGACGAAGAAGACAGCUUAAGCUAUUUCAAAUAACAGCGGAUAUAUUUUUUUGUUCGAUCGCCGUUACUUCUAAUAUUGUAAAAAAAUAUGUACAAAGAAUUGUGGUAUUUUAAUUUUAUUCUUUUACCACUUCUUCUUCACGCAAUUAAUAGUUCAACGAUCUCGAAGAGAGCUAAUAACGAUGAUUUCACACUUUUAAUUUGUCACCGUAAGCUGCAAUCCGGCAAGAAAAUGAUGGGACCGCUCGUUGAACGCGUCGUAAAUUGCGAAAACCUGCGAGAUUGUUGUCGGGCAUGUGAUUACGAAAAGACUUUCGCGUGUAAAGGAUUUAAUCACAGACGCCGAACAGAUGACUCGAAAUGCACAUGCGAAUUGACGUCAACACCAUACUUUCGCACGGAUGUUGCUGAAGAUUUCUUAGCUGAUUCGCACUACGAUUAUUACGAGAGGAUGGAAAAUUGCCCUUCGUCGCCGUGGCACGGUAGUAGCGUACCGCACUGGAGAGAUCCUAUUAAGAACUAUAAACAAACCGGUCAGAAUAUACCGUUGGAUCACGAAGGUGUAAAUGACGAUUUUUUUCGAGAAUCAUCAAUACCGUCGGAUCACUCGGUCUACAGAGAGAAUUAUCCACCAAAUCACGAUCACGCUCACGAUUUUUCCAAUGGCCUUGUGCAAUCCAACGAACAAUUUGAUUAUAAAAGGCCUCAUGGUUUCUCGCUUCAUCACAAUGCUCUAAAUUGGAAUCGUAAUUGGAAAAGUUCAGAGCCCCAACAUCCUGACAUUGUGAAUACUCUUCCCAGUUCUCGUAUCGGUAACAAUUACGACAAGGAAUACUUUGACGUGAAAUCUCCAAUUUCCUCCAAAUCACAAUUACAUCAACGAGAUCCUUCUCUUAUACCUGGAUAUUCUAAUUCUAAUGAGAACGAACAUUUUCACGGGAAAUUGUAUAAUUACGGUAGCGCAUUUGACUAUAAUAGCAAUUACGGACCCGUCCCAAGGGAGCCACAUUAUGAAAAACACGAAACAUCGCAGUCGAGCAAAUGUUCAAGGAGAAUCGCCGUUGGUUCGAAACUAAACAGACGAGUCGUACAGAAGACCUGCCUAGCGCACGAUUUGGAACGGUGCGAAGACCUUUGCACGAGUGAGGCAAGUUUCUCCUGCAAGAGUUUUGCUUUUAGGUACAGCGUAUUAAUCACGAAUCCUACUGACAAUUGUUUGUUAAGCGAUCAUUCUUACGAAGAUUUAAACUUUUACACUGAUCUCGAUCCAAAUCGUGAUUACGAUACCUAUAGCAUAAUGUCAGAUAUUAAGACUUGCCAUUUGAAAAAAUCGACAAAUCGGCAUCCCUCGGAAGAAUGUUUCGCGAGAAUUAAAAGUGGAUUCGGAAUGCCGAGUGAUAUUACAAAGAAAUCAAUGUUCGUCCAUGAUUUAGGAGAAUGCCAGUACGCAUGUACUGGUUCGCAAGAAUUUGUUUGUAGAAGUCUCGUCUUUAACUACGAUGUAGAUGAUCAUGAGACACAUAAUCACGAGGACGAGUCGUUUAAUUGUUUUCUAACUGACUGGUCUUCCGAAGAAAUGAAUCCUGUUAAUAUGCCAGAUAUGGAUGGCGCCGAAUUGUACGAAAGAAAUACUUUUCCCUAUGGUUGUCAUCACAUGCACCUAUUGCAACCAAUGAUCACAAAUAUGUAUGGCGUAAAUGAUAGAAGAUUAUAUUCGCCGGUCAUGGAUGAAUUUUGUUAUUUUCAUCACCAUAGGCCAUGUAAAUUAAUGCCACACGCAGUAGUGUCUUCGAUGCAAGCUGUUACACAAUCGGAUUGCCGCCGAAAGUGUUCAAGGAUGAGAAACAUCGGUAUGAUACCGUGCAUGUCCUUUAAUUACGUCGCUAACAUGGGUCAUAUACACGAUAAUUGUAUAUUGAGCGACGUAUCGGUGCGAGAUUUGAGACCAAAUCUUGAUUACGUUUAUGAUAACGAUCACAUGUUGUACGCAUGGAGGGAUUUUGACCCACAUUGUAAAACAAUUGGAAGUACUCCGCAUUCAGUCGAUGAUAGAAAUAUGAAUACAGCACCUUCGUUGAGACCAUUAGAUGAUAGAACUCGUACGUCUCCUGUACAAUGGUCGAGCGAAUUUAGACCCGACGAUCAUGAACAUGAUUACAGACAGGAGCCGAUCGAUGGAGAUGACACUCCUCCCUAUACCUCUGGUAGCUUUGAACAUGGACAUAAUUCUUUCUCUUCGAAUCAAUUAUCUCCAUCUCAACGCUAUACAGUAAAUGGUUACCCUUGCAAAAAUGGAACCAUAUGUCAACGAAACGAGGUAACUGGAUUUUGGUCUUGCGAGAUUGAAGAUGAAUAUGGUAGCUGGGAUUAUUGCUGCGAGCCUAGUCAUCACUGUGGAUUUUCGCAAGGAUAUCAUUAUCCUUGGUGUUACGUUGGUGCAAAUGAAGACCAAUGGAGACCGUGUAGCGAAAUGUAUUAUCCAUAUUAUUCACCUAGGGAUCAGUCACCUUUCCGUCAAUCAUCAUUGUAUGCCGCACGCCAUUGGCCUGUAAUGUAUUUUCAUGAAGCAUUGCCUCCAAAUUGUUCCGUCGGCCAUUUUAAUUUUACUUACUCUUAAGAACUUUAGCGAAAGACUUUUUUAAUAAGACGAAGGUACUUUAUUUUUUUAUCUAUUUUACAGCCGAUGUCUCUUUAUGUGAUCAUAUGACAAAAUUA